AAAAAGGAAGUUCAACCUUUUAUGGUUUCGUGGAAUUCUUUCUUAAAUUAUUAAUAAAGUCAAAUAACGCAUGCGCCCUUUGAAUGACCGCUGUGGUGGUUAUAGCGUUGAGCAGGAGGAAAUUUUGUGAAUAAAGGAAAAAUUUUGAUACAGCGUGAAAAGACAUAGUUUACAAUAGAAGGAAAUGGAUCCGCUGGCUGUUGUAGCCAUUGAUUUUGGAACAACAUAUUCGGGAUGGGCGUUUUCUUUCCGACACAACUAUGAACUGGAUCCUACAAAGGUUUAUUCGAAGACAUGGGUAGGAGGAACGCAUAUCUCACGGAAAGGUAUCGGUCCAACAUGCAUUUUGAUUAACCCCGAUGGAAAAACAGCAGACUCGUUUGGCUAUGAUGCAGAAAGUAAAUAUGCCGAAAAAGCCGAGGAAAACGAACAAGACCAAUGGUUCUUCUUCAAAAGAUUUAAAAUGCUCCUUUUUAAAGACCAGGGGAUAACAAGAAGUGCUACACUUGAAGAUGAAAGUGGUAAGAAACUUCCAGCCAUGACGGUAUUUUCACUAUCUAUUGAUUACAUCAAAAAGAAUGUUUUAGACACAUUGAACAAACAAGUCGACAACAGUUUGGAGGUUGAUGAAAUACACUGGGUACUUACUGUCCCAGCAAUAUGGAAUGACGCGGCAAAACAGUUCAUGAGGGAAGCAGCCCAGAAGGCUGGAAUACCAGGGAAGAACCUUACAAUUUGUCUUGAGCCAGAAGCCGCUUCUAUUUAUUGUCGCCAUCUUCAGGUGUCGAAAUCGCAGGCUGAUGGAGAAAAGACAUCGUUAGCACAAUUUUCGUCUGGUACAAAAUAUCUGGUGCUUGACGCUGGAGGUGGAACUGUUGACAUCACUGUACAUGAAGUCACUACAAGCGGUGAGUUAAAGGAACUACACAAGGCAAGUGGAGGGGCGUGGGGUGGAAUUCAAGUAGACAAAGCUUAUGAAGCGUUCAUUUCCAGUAUCAUAGGUAGACAUGUUAUAAUGCAAUUCAAAAAGCGGCAUUUGGAUGACUACAUUGAAAUAUUCCGGGAUUUUGAAAUAAUAAAGCGUGAAAUUUCCCCAUCUAAACAAGACAAAAUUACGUUCCGAAUUCCCGCCAGCCUUUCCGAACUUUGCUGCGAAAUGACUGGAAAAGACUUGAAAACAUUGAUUUUACAGUCACCUUUCAGUGGACAAAUUAGAGUAGCGACCGAUAAAUUAAAGGUACAUGCAGAUGUUGUCAGGGAAUUCUUUCAUCCAUCUGUAAAAAACAUUAUCGAUCUCGUUGUCUCUUUACUGAAAGAGCCUCCAGCCCUUGGAUGCGUUGCUAUUCUAAUGGUCGGAGGGUUCUCCGCAUCAUCCAUGCUACAAGAGCGUGUUCGAAAGGAAUUUCCAAACCUCAGAAUAAUUGUUCCAGAGGAGGCUGGCUUAGCGGUCCUAAAAGGAGCUGUCAUCUUCGGUCAUGAACCGACUGCAAUUAAUGAACGGAUCAUUAGGUACACAUAUGGAACCGGCUCCAUCCACAAGUACGACAAACGUUGCCAACAUCCAACCGGAAGAGUUGAACGUAAAUCAAAUGGAGAACUGGUGUGUUAUGACAUUUUUAACAUACAUGCUUCUGAGGGUCAGUCAAUCAAACUCAAUGAAGAACAACCGGAAUUGAUUUACACACCGGCUGAAGAUGGACAGGAUUGUAUUGGUUUCGAGAUAUAUUCGUCACCAAAAAAACAUCCUUACUUCACUUUUGAAAACGACUGCAAACAAAUUGGAUACUUGUCUAUUCCUAUUUUAGAUAAAUCUUUAGGACAGAAUCGGAGGUUUGGUUGUACUUUCAUUUUUGGUGGAACUGAAAUAUGCGUAAAGGUCGUUGACAAAGAAAAUGGUAAAGUAACAUACGAAUCAAUUAAUUUUCUUGGAUGAUAGAUACAGUUAUACUUUGCCGUUGAAGGCGAAAACGACCUUUUUUAUUUUGAAAUAUUGUAUGCAAGAUAGUUCAAGUUGAACAUUGAUAUCAAGAAUCAGUUACAGUCGAUCUGGUGCAGUUACUGUUGUAUGAGCUGUUUAGACGUUUAUAUAUAUAUAUAUGUGUGUGUGUGUGUGUGUGUGUGUUUCUUUCCAAUAACCAUGUAAAUUUAAUAGAAUACAAAUACAAAUGCAAUUGAAAUGCUAGAUGAAAAUUAUAAAUAUUU